CACGUAAACUAAAGAAGAUUGGACAACAGAAAAACCAAGAAGAGGAUCAUCCUAUUCAGGAACACUCAGAGGUCAUCCAGAACCCCGCUCCUACUUCAGGCCUGAGCUACAACUCCCAGAUGGUCUUCCUCAACAUCCUGGAGUCCAUCGAACCGGAGGUGGUGAACGCAGGGCACGACUACGGGCAGCCAGACUCCGCUGCCACCCUGCUCACCAGCCUCAACGAGCUGGGAGAGAGGCAGCUGGUCAAAGUGGUCAAAUGGGCAAAAGGGUUGCCAG